AUGUCGCCGUGGCAUUCUUCGGUGGAUCAUGGCUUUGCUGCUUGCAGCACAACAGGCGGAAAGGCCGGGCGAUGGCCAGACUCAUCCGCCCUGCGAUCCCUUGGCGGUGUGGUCGGCCAAGGUCGGAGCUCUCCUGAGAUUCGCCGAAACGAUCUGGCCGUCAUUCCGUCCUGCGCUGAAUCGCGUCUCUAUCGGCUUUCAUCUGCAUCCCCGCUGCAUCUCCGGCUGCAUACCCCUCCCUCGCUUCUCGAUGGGCUCGCCCUCCCGCAAUCGCCAUCGUGGCCGAUCCCGCUCGCCUGUCGCUCGUCGUCGUUCCCCAGCCGAGAACGAUGCCCGGCGGCGGGUCUCGUCGUCCUCUCCCUCGAGGCGGAGCCGCCACAAGCACCAGAGCCGAUCGCCAUCGACCGCCUCCUCCUCAUCAUCGUCAUCAUCGUCAUCAUCUUCUUCGUCCUCUCGAAAGAGCACUCCAAGAGCAAGGACAAGUCCCGAAGACACAAGAGCCAGGACAGGUCGGAAAGCCGCAAAAACAAGGAUGAGCGACAUAAGCACAAGAAAAAGUCCAAAUCUAAAUCCAAAUCCAAAUCCAAAUCCAACUCCAACUCCAACUCCAACUCCAACUCCAAAUCAAAGUCCUCCAGCCACCACCAUACCAGUGGCGCUCGACCAUCAUCGUCUCCGUCACGCAUUCUGGAUCUCGUCCGCUCUCUGGCCGACGACGAUGCAUCUCUGCUCGGGAAGCCGCGGCCAACCUCGGCUCCCUCACGGCUCCCGUCGUCCAUCGCACCCGAUGCUUCAGCUAUUCCAGUCCUGACGAUAGCCAAGAGAAGCACCGACAGCUCCAGCGCACCAGCGUCAGCAACAGCUCCAGCACCAACACCAGCACCAUCGAGCCAAACUGCGGCUCGGCGGAGAGCCAUGGCUCCACAGACAAAGUCCGAAUACGAUCAGGAGCAGUCCGUCGUGCGUGAGGUCUUUGAUCCGCUCUCAGGACGCACCAGACUCGUCAAGGGCUCUGGCGAGAUCAUCGAGCGCAUCGUCUCCAAGGAGGCUCACCAACAGAUCAAUCGCACUGCAACCUACGGAGAUGGCAGCUUCUAUGCGGCUACGAUCCAGAACAUGGUCUCCAAGAACCCAUGA